AUGUUGGUGAUACUAUUUGCAGUUCCAUGGUUGCUGCUGCACGGAGCAUUCGCUAAAUCCAAACAGCGCAGGCGAAGCGUUUACCGGAUGGAGCUGAUGAAAAAGCCAUUGUUCAACUCCAAUGAUGUCGAACUAUACGAUGUUUUGAAUCAGUUUGGUGAAGAUGCUCAUGCAGCUGAAGUGUUCGCCAAUCGGCAUAAAGUGCGAUCAGCUGAGAUCAACUUGCAGAUUAACGCAAAAGAAGCACUGCCGUUGUCUCGUUCAUGUUUUUUCAGUCCAGUGCAAUGUUUGCUAAGAACAGCUCGUCAUCAGAAAUUAUUGAACAGCAUUCAUUAUGAUGAGUAUAGCCCGCCGAUAUCUGGAAAACCGACGGUGAGUAAGGGAUUAGCAAAGUCGCAAAAGGCAGUAGCGAAUGAUCAGAUGUAUAACUCGAUGAAAGAAUUGAUCAAAUCAGUUUUAUACGGCGUUGUUGACCGAAAAUUGUAA